UUGAAUUGACACAAAAUUGUCAGAUUGCAAGAUGAAGAAAACACAAAAGCCAAAAGGUAGAGCAAAACUACAAAUUUUUGAGUUUUAAGUAGAGUAUGUCCGAAAUGGGAAGGUUUGAGUGAAAUUAUACAAAGAGAGUGCAGAUUCGUUGUGAGCAAAUAAACAUUCAAAGCUCCCAUUCCAUUCAUCUUCUUUUCGGGGAAGUGAAAUGGCCGAGGCGGUUGUUUCCGGUGUGGUGACAAGGAUUGGUGACUUGCUCGUACAAGAAGGAAAAUUCUUGGCCGGGGUGAGUAACCAAGUUGAGCUGCUACAAAUUGAGCUCAAACUUAUGCAAGGCUUAUUAAAGGAUGCAGAUGCAAGGCAGAAUGAGUCAGAGCUUGUAAGGCAGUGGGUUGCUGAAAUAAGAGAUCUUGCUUAUGAUGCAGAUGAUAUCAUUGCCACUCAUGCCCACACAGUUGGAUCCCGAAAGGGAGGAGGUGUACAAAAGGUUCUCGAGAGGUGCAGUCGCAUCUUGGAUGAAGGAAUUACAGUGCACCAGGUUGGGUCAAAGAUUGAAGAUAUCAUGACAAAAAUUUCUAACUUGAAAACAAGUUUUCAAGGCUAUGGCAUAAGAGAAUCUAUGAUAAAAGGAGGUGGAUCCAGUUCUUUUAAUGAGAGUCAACGAGAGCAAAGGCAAACAUUUUCUCAUCUUGAACAUGACGUUGUUGGGUUUGACGAUGACUUGAAUAAAUUGGUGGAGUUUUUGCUUAAAGAAGGCGAAAACAGCAGAGUAGCUUCCAUAUGUGGUAUGGGUGGUUUGGGAAAGACCACUCUUGCUAAGAUGGUUUAUAAUUACCGCGAAGUCAAGCAACACUUUGAUUGUCAUGCUUGGGUAUAUAUUUCACAACAAUGUCAAAGAAGGCGUGUUUGGGAAGAAAUUUUGAUUAGCCUUCUGUCUAAAGAUCAAAGGAAUGAAAUUCAAAAGUUGAAGGAUGCAGAGAUUGUUGAGAAACUUCGUCAAGUUCAAUGCGAGAAAAAGUGUUUGGUGAUUUUAGACGAUAUUUGGAACAUUGAGGCCUGGAACAGUGUACGGGAAGCCUUCCUAGUGAGGAGUACUGGUAGCAAAAUAUUGCUUACCUCUCGUAAUAAACAAGUGUGUUUGCAUGUAGACCCCAGAAGUUUCCUUUGUGAAUUGCAAUGUCUAAAUGAAGAACGGAGUUGGGAAUUACUUGACAAGAUAGCAAUAUCUUGGAGAGAAGAUUGUGUGACAAAAACUUACAUGGAGAAGUUUGGAAAGGAAAUGAUUGGAUAUUGUGGGGGUUUGCCAUUGGCCAUCACUGUACUUGGAGGUCUUUUAGCAGCAAAGCAAACACAGGAAGAAUGGGAGGAUGUGCUUAGACAUAUCAAAUCAUACCUUCAUGUAGAACAAAACUUAAGAGUCAACAAAGUUUUAGCUUUAAGCUAUAAUGAUUUACCUUGUCACUUGAAACCAUGCUUUCUAUAUUUAGGUCAUUUUCCAGAGGAUUUUGAGAUACCGACGAAAGAAUUGAUUCGGAUGUGGAUGGGAGAAGGUUUUGUAUCGGAAAUUCAGCACAAUAGAGGAAGAGAGGAUACAAUGGAUGAUGUGGGAUACCGAUAUUUAAGGGAGCUAGUGCAAAGAUGCAUGGUUUUGGUGGGGAAAAUGGGCUCACUUGGAAGGAUUAAAACUUGUCGAAUGCAUGAUCUUAUGCGAGACUUUUGUGUAUCAAAGGCCCAAGAGGAAAAUUUUCUCCAUAUUACCAAUAUUCUUUCCUUGAAACGGCGUGAAGCGCAAAACGGUAAGGUUCGAAGACUUGCUAUCAUUUUGGAAUCAAAUGAUUAUUACAUCACAGGAAUUAAAUUCAGUGAAUAUCCAUACCUUAGGUCUCUUCUCUACCUUCUGCCUCUACCUUAUGAAAAUAAUUGGAUUCAAAGUUAUUCUGAUUUUAAAGAAUCAUGUUUCAAGAAAUUCAAGUUGGUUAGAGUCUUACAUCUGGAAAGUUUUCGAAAACGCGGCCGCAAAUUAUCUAAAGACAUUGGAUGUCUCAUCCACUUGAGAUAUUUAUCUCUCAAAAAUAGCAAUAUAAAUAAGGUGUCAUCAUCUAUUGGCAAUUUGAGGUGCCUGGAGACACUAGAUUUGCGGAUCUUCUCCAAAUCGAGAGUGCCAAAUGUGUUCAAGUAUAUGAAACAAUUGAAACAUCUUUAUUUACCUUGGAGUUAUAGGGUAUGUUGUAAGUUGGAAUUGGGUAAUCUUAGUUAUUUGCAAACAUUGGUGAAUGUUAAGCCCAAAACCAUCCAAAUUCCCACAUGGUUCAAAUUCAACCUUCUUCGGGUUCUUAAAGUGAGGAAUAAAAAAGGAGCCCAAGAUGCAAUACAAAUGCUAAUAUCAAGGUGUCCACUUAUAGAAAAGCUACAUCUAUAUAAACAUUUAAAGAAGCUUCCAGAAGCUCACCAAUUCUCUCCAAAUCUAGCCAAGUUGACUUUAUCAGGGACUAAACUUGAGGAAGACCCAAUGGAAACGUUAGAGAAGUUACCCAACUUAAAAAUCCUCUGCUUCCGUCAUGCGAUGGAGAAGACAUCUAGACACACAUACGUUGGAUGUGCAACCUUUAAUGGGAAGAAUAUGGUUUGUUCUGAAAGAGGAUUUCCUCUGCUUCAAUCUCUUCUCCUUUCUAACUUGUACGAAUUAGAGGAGUGGAGGGUGGAGGAAGGAGCCAUGCCCAGUCUCUGCCGUUUGGAAAUUGAAUUUUGCUGUCAAUUGAAGAUGGUACCUGAUGGAUUGAGGUUCAUCACAACCCUCCAGCAAUUGGAGAUCAAAAAAAUGUCAAAGUCAUUCAAAGACAGGCUUAACGAAGGAGGACCAGAUUUUGACAAAGUCAAACAUGUGCCUUCCCUUGUAUUUCAAAGAUGUGACUACUGAUAAUCUUUACCUAACAAGGUGAAAUCAUCCAUGGUCUGCUACUGGUACGGGUUAGUGUCAGUUAAACAAUUUCAAGGAUAUGAUUGCACCGACUCAUUAAACAUAUUCUCUGAUGCCUAUGUGUAGUGAUGUAAAGAAUUGUUUGUUUGGUGAUGGUACUCUGCAUUGUGAUAUUUUAUUGGGCGGUUUGUUUGCAUUAGUGUGUUUGUUUUAGUGUUUCUUUCUUGCUCCGCUUUGCUGCUCUGCUAUGAUUGCACUCUUUGUUCAUGUAUUAUGUUGUAUAAGAGAAACCAAUGUAUCAUUGGAGGAGAAAAAUAAUUCUUCAUUUAAUGUGGGAUUCCUCAUAUUUCUUCAAGUUAUGCUUAUCUCACAGCAUUUUAGUUA